UCCUGGGCCUGAGGGGGAGAAAACACUGUGACUGCGAAGCGGACGGGAUGAAGGCAGCGGGAGAGGUGGAGCAGGUGGAGACCGGAGGACCUUCACACCCUGUAGGACCAGAGGACCAGAAUGAAGACAGUCCAAAACAACCAAAGUCCAGAUCAGGUCCUCAGGUCGACGGUCUGUCUCGCUGCGCCGCCUGCUACAAACAGCAGACCAGCUCCAUGCAUCGUUGGGGGGACGGCGACGAGUCCAGCUCUUCAGACGAAGGCUCGGGACCGGAGGUGGACUUGGACUCGGAGGCCGAGUCCAGCUCCAGCAGCAGCUCCAACGGAGAUGGUGCAGAUGCUGAAUCUGGAGAUAAAGAUGGGGACGGACCAGACGAGGCGUCCCCCAGCCAGGAAGGUAAAACCGGGACAAAGAGGCCUAGAAGACUUGUCAAGUCUUUCUCCCUGCCCCCAUCCUUCGCCCCUCUGGCCCUCCAGCCCCGCCCUCAGACAGUCGUCUCCACCCUCCACCUGCAGGUGGUGUCCCAGGACCACGGCGACGGCGUCUACAUCGUCAAACAGGAACCGGCUGGGAGAGGGGGGGAGGAAACAGGGCAGAGUCACGGAGGACUAGAGGGAACCGACGGUGGGAGGCCUCGGUCGCAGCAGACGGGGUUAUCGAGGCAACAGGGGUCACAUCCACCAUCACAGCAACACUGGUUGCCACACCGACAACAACAUCUGCAACAGGUGUCUCCUCUCUCAGAUCAGGGUCAAAGGGGACCACCACCCCUGCACACAGAUGCUCCACAUCCCCCCUACAGAUCCCUGAUGCAGACACAUGUGCAAGGACCCAGUCCACAACCAUGCUGGUACUGCUACGGUACACACUCUCCUUACAUGUACUAGACUCAUUGGAUGUGUCCAAACAUCUGUACAAUAAAAAAUUUAAGUUAA